AAUUAUCUCCUUAGUCUAGAGAAUACGCUGAAAACUAAAAGACGUGGAAUUUCCAUUACGAAGUGUAGUAGACAACAAUUGAAUCCUCCCGAUUCUGAAAAAAUAGAACAAACAAAAAAAUGAAACGCCAAUUAUCUAAAAAGAAAGUGAUUAAAUUAUAAUGUCGGCGGUGAUUACGGUGUGCGAAUUCAAUGAAAUACAUGAAUUGAAAUUAUGGCGUUGAAAAGAAGAAAAAGCGCCAGCGUGAAUCUAAUCGAAAGGAAAUAAAAUUAUAAACUAAUAACAACCGGAUCCUAAAUGCCACAAGAAUUUGAAAAAUUUGUGGCGCACGAAAAAAGCAAGAAUUUGCAAAUUUGCGAUUAAACGAAAAAUAGUGCAGAACAAAUAAUGUGUAUGUGUACAUUAAGUAAUCAGUCAAUUGUCUGUCUGAUUUGAAACAAAACAAAAAAAAAACAAUUGGUUUUUGUUCCCGGGUUUUUUUAUUUCAAACAAUACCAACUCAAAACAUCAAUCAUCAACAACAAUAACAAAAAACAACAACACCACCGUCUUCAUACUAUCGCUUAAAUCUAAAUAAUCACAACAACGCCAACAACAUUGUCUUAUCAAAACAAAUAAACAAUUGUGGAUUUAUUUGACAAAACGCCACGAUGUCAGAACAAGAGGUAAAUGAGAAAAUCUACGACCAUCGUGUCCUCACCGACUGGUCGAAUGUCAACAACAACACCAACGGCACCAUGCACUACUCGAAGGAUAUGAUUUUCAACGAUGGCCAUCGUUUGUCGAUAACAGUCUACAGCAUUCUUUUUGUUAUCUCAACGAUUGGCAAUUCAACGGUGUUGUAUCUGCUGACCAAGCGACGUUUGCGUGGUCCAUCGCGUAUUGACAUCAUGCUAAUGCAUUUGGCAAUAGCCGAUCUGAUGGUGACGUUUCUGCUGAUGCCAUUGGAGAUCGCGUGGGCAUACACGGUGCAAUGGAAAUCGACAGACUUCAUGUGUCGCCUCAUGAGUUUCUUUCGAGUGUUUGGCCUGUAUCUAUCUGGUUUCGUUUUGGUAUGCAUAUCAAUUGAUAGAUAUUAUGCCAUAUUGAAGCCUCUGAAGCUAUCCACUAAUCGUGGCCGGAUUAUGUUGACCAUUGCCUGGUGCAGUUCUGUGGUGUGUAGCCUACCUCAGGCCUAUUUCUUCCACUUGGAGGAGCAUCCCAAAGUGAGCGGCUACUUCCAGUGUGUGACGUUUCACUCAUUUCCCAGCGAAUUCCAUCACAUUAUGUACCAAAUUGCCACCAUGUGUGCCAUGUAUGCCUGUCCGUUGAUCACCUUUAUCUAUUGCUACGGUUCCAUAUAUUUGGAAAUCUAUCGCAAGAGCCAGCGCAUAGUCAAAGGCAUUGAACGCUUUCGCCGUUCCAACGAUGAUGUUUUGAGUCGUGCCAAAAAGCGCACUCUGAAGAUGACCAUAACCAUUGUGAUUGUUUUCCUCAUCUGCUGGACGCCCUAUUACAUUAUAGCCAUGUGGUAUUGGUUCGACAAGACAUCGGUGGAUAAGGUCAGCGCCCUUGUCAGCAAGUCCCUAUUUAUAUUUGCCUGCACGAAUUCAUGCAUGAAUCCCAUAGUUUAUGGAGCAUUCAAUAUACGUGGACGCAUUGGAAAUAAUGCGUCAACAAUAAGUAAUCGCCAUACCUCCCUGUACAAUCGUGGAGAUUCAUCGAAUCAAUUGCCCAAACAUUUGCUCAAUCUCAGUGAGGGCAGUGCAAAAACGGGCAGUACUCACAUCAACCAGACGGACACAACAGAUAUAUCGAUCAAUCACAAAAUCAAUGAGACUACAACAACAGCGAACGGUUGUACAGAAAUCAGUAAUAAAGUCGAUGAGGUCUCCGGAUCACCAGUUAUAUGUAUAAAUUGUGUUGACUCAAUUGAACUCUCUAAUCGGCAGAAAUCGUAAUUAGACAACAUCAACGGCAACGGCAAUGGCAGCAACAACAACCAUAACGGCAACCGAGGAAUGCUCAUUAGUAAAACUAUAGCUCAAUAUUAAGUCUGGAUUUGAGAAAAGAUGAUGGGAGAGAGAGAGAGGCAGAGAGAAUGCGGCUGUCAAAUAAGAGUCUUUUACUUUACAUGAUUAACAUUUCAUGUAAUUUCUCUGGCCAGAGAAAAAAAUGAUAUUUUUUGUUUUGAAAAACUUUCAGUUUGAUCUUGGAUUAAGUAUGGAAUUAAGAAGCAAAAUAACAACAAUAAUACUGGCAUUAUAGGAGAGAAGGGGCUUUAUUGAGGCAUUCACUCAUAUACAUAUAAACAUUGCUAUUAAAUGUAAAUAAUAUGUUAUUAACAUAAUUUAGUUGUAUUAGAUUAUCUUGUGCUACUAUUUCACCUUCUCGAUGGCUCCCUCCCUCCUGCUCUUCAUGGUGGAUCAGAUACAGAUUAGAGUGCUAAUGCCAAUAAUCGUAUCGUAUUGUUGUUGUUAUUAUGUUUGCUUAUUUCCAGUUUAAUGGUGUGGUCUGGUGUUGGAGGCACACGAUUCUCUUUAGUUUUGAAUUCCUACUGUGUAUGUAGUUGUAGUUUUUUUUUUUUUAGUUUAAAUAGUUAAAUUUAUAUAUUUUUAGAUUUAUAAGCGUACAGCAAAAAAACAACAACACUACUAUUUAUUUAUGUCAAUAAAAUAACAACAAACAGA